GGCGCUCUUAAAUUACGUCACAUAUGCGCCACCUUAACUACAUGUGGAACUGAACUUUAGAGUUAGCUGACCAGCUUAUUUAUAGUUUUUCUCUUUUGUUUUUAUUCUCUCUGGUACUUAUUUUUGUCUUUCGUAAAACUAUAAAGACCUUUGCUAAUAAAUGUAGGCAGUUAGCUUUCUGCCAGGAGCAACAGAUAAGCUAACAUCAACGGCUAACGUUAGUUGUCACGACAGACUGCUCCGAAAAGAUGGCUAAUGACAGCGCAAAGAGUGAAGCUUCGGCCCAGCAGGAGGGGGAUGAUGGAGGGGUCAGGAGCAGUAGCCAGACUCCCAGCGGUGACGGAGAAAACCAAACUCCAAUCUCCAAAAGGCAAAUGAAGAAGCUUCUGAAGCAGCAGAAAUGGGAGGACGAGAGGGAACUACGGAAGAAAAAACGGAAGGAGAGGAAGCAGCAGCGACGAGAAGGAGGAGGUGGAGGAGAGGCCCAGAACGCCAGGAAACGUCUACGCAGAGAGUUGACGCCCAGUUCACUGAGGCUCGUAGUAGACUGCAGCUUCGACAGUCUCAUGCUCAUUAAGGAUAUCCGGAAGCUUCACAGACAGGUCCAGCGAUGCUAUGCUGAGAACAGACGAGCCUUGCAUCCGGUGCAGUUUUAUCUGACAAGCCUUGGGGGACAGCUGAAACAGUGCUUGGACGAAAAGGACAAAGGAUGGGUCAACUGGAAGGACAUCACCAUUAAAACGGAACACUACAGUGAAGUUGUGGCACAGGAGGAACUGGUGUACCUGACGUCAGACUCUCCCAAUGUGCUGGAAGAGCUGGACCACAAAAAGGCCUAUGUGAUAGGAGGCCUGGUGGACCACAAUCACCACAAGGGCAUCACGUUUGAGAGGGCAAAGGAGCUGGGGAUUGAUCACGCUCAGCUUCCCUUGAGCAAUUUUGUCAAAAUGAACAGUCGGAAGGUUCUGGCAGUUAACCAUGUGUUUGAGAUCGUCCUGGCCUACAUAGAGAAGAGCAGCUGGCGGGAGGCCUUCUUCACCGUGCUGCCUCAAAGGAAAGGAGCGGUGGCUGUCAGUCAGGACACAACAACUAUUCUAGCAAAAGAAGAGGAAGAUUCCGGCUCUGACCCCGAGACACCAGAGCAGACUGAGGAAAGAACAUAAAACAACGUGUGGAUAUAUUAAUGCCGAGGCUCUGUACCUGAGAGGGGUGUUUCUGUUUAUUUUUUUAAACCACCUAUUUAUGAUUUUGUGCCUCAGGUAAUGGGUAAAUUUGAGUUGAACAACUUAUAGAAAUAUUCAAUCAUUUUAGGUUAACAGUUAAAACAGACAUUUCUACUUGAACUGUUUUUAAGUUCACUUUUGAAGAGAGCAAGUCAAAGUCAGCACAUGACUGUCACCCAGGAAUUCUCUGAAUAUUAUGGAACUCUAAGAGUAUAGUCAUUCACUCUACACACGCUAAAAAGUGAUUUAGAGGUUGCCCUGGUGCUGCAUUGGGUGACGCCACCAGCAUCAAUUCUGACUUCAUGAAAAGUCAGGAGACGAGUACAGUACAAUAAUCCGUAUUGAGUUGACUGAAUUCUGCAGAUGCCACUUAAUCCUGCACAUCGCUCCAUUAAGGCAACACCUACAUCUGGACCUGGUCUGGAGGACCAGGAGGAGGUGCUUGAGUUUACUGGUAAAGCAAUGCUUGUUUCAGUGUAUAUAGUGCCUGUAUGUUGCAUAAUUUAAAAAAAGGAAUUAAUUUAAAUGAAUAGUUACGACUGAAAUAUACAUAUAUGUGCUGUGAGGACAUCAGAUCAUCACUGGGCCAAUCUUACCGUUCAUACAAGUGAGCAACAGAGAACCAACUACAGUAUUCUGAAUACCUUGAACACUGAUAGAUAUGGACAUAUGUUUGCAAUUAAAAACUGCUGUGGAAUAAAACAAACAUACUCCCAUUGCAGUGCCAGUUUUGGUGUUGACGCAACAUAUCUGGUGGAACCAUGAUGACCAAAGCAGAACAAAGGCAGCAGUA